CUAAACACAGGCAGAAAGUUCAUGAGCUGAAAGUCUGGCAGCAGCAAAACGAAAGGAAAAUUUGUUUAGCAAGGAAUCAAGAACUGCUCUUAAUGCAGAAGGAAUGUUAUAAAGUGUGUCUGCAGCUGCCUUUCUUUUAGGAUUUCAGCAGCUCAUUCUUGUUGAGCUAGUUGUUGGAGCCCGAUAGAAGUUUAAGGGAGGAUUUUAUUGUAAUUACAGCUCAUUUCAGGGCAAUAGCUCUGAAGACAUCACAGCCGUUUCAGGGUUUUUCAGGAACGUUUUGGGAAUCAAGACACGGAGAAAAAGCAUCAACGAGGAUGGUUCUGCAGUUGUUUUUAUCUCUGUGCCUGACUUUGGGAUCAGUCCAGAGCCAGGGUUCCUCCCAAGAUGCCUUCAUAAUCCAGUAUCUAGAGAGAAGGCUUGUUCAAAUGGAGGAGCGUCUCAGUCUGUGUGAGCAAAACACAGUGAGUGCCACCCAGAAAACUUAUGACCUCUCCUCUGAAGUCAGAGGCUAUCUGUCCACUCUGAGCAGUUUGAGAUCAGAAGUAAAGAGCCAGGUGGACGGUGUCUCUGUGCGUGUUGACCGGGUGGAGAGGGAGCUGGAAUAUUUGGAGAACAAAAUUCCCACUCAGUCUAACAUUGAGAUGGAGGAAGCGCUGCUGGAGCAGCAGAUAAAAGCCAUAGAACUGGAGCAGCUGAAAAAGAAGGCCAAGAUAAAUGUGGUGAAUGACUGCAGCACAGCACUGAGUCAAGUCAAGUCUCUUAAGAUUGUGAAGAAAUCUGGAGAUCCAAAUGGAUGCUGGUUCAAAGACCCCUCUGAAGGUUCAAAUAAGGUGUACCUAUUCAGUGGAUUUCGUAACAACACCAUUCUGGAGUACAAAUCUCUGAAAAGCUUCACAAAGACUUCCACACCUCCAGUAAAUGAGGUGCAGCUGCCUUUUUACUGGCAGGGCACGGGUCACGUGAUCUACAAUGGAUUCCUGUAUUGUCACAAGGCAGACACACCCAAUGAAAUACUGAAGGUGGAUCUGCUGAAUGGCACCGUGGUGGAUAGCACCCUUCUUCCCGGAGCCGGCCGUCUUCCUGUCUACAGCCUCAAUCCCAACACUUAUCUGGACAUGGCUGUAGACGAGCUUGGCCUCUGGGUUAUUUACGCGGAUCUUGAGUACGGAGGAAACCUGGUCAUCACCAAGCUAGACAAAGUAAGUUUAGCAGUGGAGUACACCUGGGACACACAGUGCAGAAGCAAUGAUGCAGAGGGUGCUUUCCUGAUAUGUGGAACGCUUUACGUGGUCUACAACACACGCUAUGGAGGUCGCUCCACCAUCCAGUGUCUGUACGAUAUCCAUGACACCAUUCACAGCAAUGAGAGUCCAGUGAUGUUCUUCCCAAAGCGCUACUCCAGCCACAGCAGCAUCCACUAUCACCCUGGGGAUAAACAGCUGUAUGCCUGGGAUGAUGGCUACCAGACAAUAUACAAAGUGGAAACGCGCAGCAAUGCCCAAGUUACAUCCGAGUGAAACAUGUUUUCUUUUCACCCUUUACUCAGCAUCAAAACCUGCAUUAACACAUCUAACAUGACCCUCCUCCUCUGAAAAAAAAAAAAAAUUACAGUAAAAGCAUCAAGGAAUUUUAUGGAUCUCAUGAAAAGUUACUUCAUUCGUCCUUUGCUGGCAAUGGAUGUGUUCUUUUGUGGUCAUGUUUAUCAUUGGCUGUGCAAACAAGCUUCAUACAAAGCUUAGUGUUUGUGUCAGAGCAAUAAAGACAACAUAAGUUGUGUGCAUUUUGAUCAAACUUCAUGUCUUGGCAAGGUGAACAUAAUUUUAGAUCACUUUGGAAUGAUAAUGUUUAAUUUGUGUUAGAUAGGAUGCUAUCUAUCUAUCUAUCUAUCUAUCUAUCUAUCUAUCUAUCUAUCUAUCUAUCUAUCUAUCUAUCUAUCUAUCUAUCUAUCUAUCUAUCUAUCUAUCUAUCUAUCUAUCUAUCUAUCUAUCUAUCUAUCUAUCUAUCUAUCUAUACAACAACAAAGUUUGCUCUACAUGUAUUAAAAAUUAAUGUGAGCUUCCAUCUUCUAAAGAUGGGGUGGGUAGGUAGGGAAUCAGACCAGCUGAAUGUGUUCUGCUUUGGUUUCUGAUAUCUAUACAUAAGUUUCUUUCUGAAAAGUUAAUACUAUUUCAUUCAUUCGAAUUUCCAGAUAUCAACGCAAAUAAAUAUUAAAGCACA